GAUGCUUGUUCCUGCCCGACCAGAUGAAGCUGGAGCAACAUCGGUCACACCGUCCUGCGCAAAUGUAAACACACCAAAGUAAAAGCAGAGUGGGUGCGUCCUCAGCAUGUAUUCGGAUAAGUUUGGGCGUCUCAUGUUGGGGCUUUGCUGCCGGAAAUCGACCCGUGUGUGUGGCGUGCGCAGCGCGUUCAGCUGGACCUCAGCAUGUAAACAGCGGACACUGCGGAGGAGCGCCUGGCUGCAGGUCAAGCAACAAGCCCUGCCAUUCCAAAUCAGAGCGCACUCAGCCUCCCACACCACUCUGGACCCCAGUGAGGUGAAGAGGUUCCAGUCAUUGGCCAGCAAGUGGUGGGAUGAACAGGGAGAGUUCGGUGCUCUCCACGCCAUGAACGACCUAAGGGUGCCUUUUAUACGGGAUAAUCUGUUGAAUGUGCACAGAGGGCAUCAGCCAGGAAAACCGCUUGCAGGACUCAAGAUACUUGAUGUCGGCUGUGGAGGUGGCCUGCUCACAGAGCCCCUUGGUCGCCUGGGUGCAGAUGUGUUGGGCAUCGAUCCUGUGGCCGACAGCAUUGGCACGGCACGGCUGCACUUAUCCCAUGACUCAGUCCUUGGUGCUCGGGUCCGCUAUCGCGCCUGCACCCUAGAGGAGCUCUCAGCAGAAGGGGAGGAGGGCGAGGAGGAGGAGGGAGUGGGCCAGUUUGAUGCCGUUGUGGCGUCCGAGGUGGUGGAACAUCUGGCCGACCUGGAAACGUUCGCUUUCUGCUGCAGCCACGUGCUUAAGCCAGGUGGCUCACUCUUUAUCACCACCAUUAAUAAAACCAACCUGUCAUACGCACUGGGAAUCGUUGCAGCAGAGCAGCUGCUGCGUAUCGUUCCCAGGGGAACCCACGACUGGGAAAAGUUCAUCAGUCCCGUGGAGCUGGAGCGCCUCCUAGAGUCUAAUGGUUUCUCAGUGCAGUCCAUCCGUGGAAUGCUGUACAACCCAGUGUCAGGAAAGUGGAGCUGGACCGACAGCACUGCCAUCAACUAUGCCCUUCAUGCUGUCAAACUGAUAGAGGAACCACAGCCGGACAGGGCCCAGGCCGACAACCCUGACCCAGAAUACCGAGCCCACGCUGCAUCCACUCAUAACUGACCCAGACUGGUGGGGAAUAAGUGUAAUUAAAAAAAAAUAAUAAAAUAGAAAAAGUGAAAUAUGAGGAGUCCCAGCUUCCUAGUGCCUUGCUGUGAGGCAGCAUGUGAGACUGAUGGUACUCACAGAAAAGGAAGGGAAGGAGCGUAGCAAACAGCCUUGACAAGAAGUCAGAGAGAAAGCAAAGAUGCUGCAUCGUGGCUGAGUUAUCCUGAGUGUGAGGAAAUUUCAUGGUGUCAUCGGUUUUCGGUCAGGUUGGGAUGAUGCAUAUGCUUUUCUGUAGGGCUGGCAGAUUUUUGCAAGCUAUUUCAGAACUGUUAAAUAUAUGUUUUGUGGCAUCAAAUGUGAAAUUGCUCUUCUGUUGUUUUUUAAUCUGUUGUACUGAAUCAGCAUGCUGUGUUUAGACCAUCUCUUGCCAUAUGUCAAAGCUAAUAUUAAAUUAUCCUCAUAGCAUUUCCAAAAAAAUUGAUUAGUAUGAAAGCAAUCUGGAGAAAUUAAAAUGAAGGUUCUUUUUGCAGUGGCAGCUACCAACUAAUUUGAUUUUAUUGUGGUUUUGGCUGCUGGAUUUUCAGAAGGUAAAGCAGUUGUCUGCACAUGAGAAGGGGACAACCACAUCCUCUGAUAAUAGGAUUAUAAUUGGUUUCAUGUGGAAGUAUUACAUAAUCCAAAUCAAGCCUCUGGCAGAGAAGUCAUGCUUGCACAAUGUUCUUCAAAAAAAAAAAAAAAAAAAAAAAAACUAGAAGAGUGCACUCAA